AUGGCGUCAGGCCCUGAACGCACCAUUAAGAUCACUGUCCUGGCGGCUAGUGGCUUAGUCAAGCGCGAUUUGUUCUCCCUCCCAAAUCCGUUCGCCAUCAUCACGGUCGAUGGAUCUCCCGAUCCCAAGCAGACCGCAAUCUUGAAGAAAACUUUGACGCCUUAUUGGAAUGAGUCCUUCGACAUCAAUGUCCGCAGCUCCUCCGAGCUUCUCAUCCAGGUUUUCGACCAGCGCAAGUUUAAGCGCCAGGAUCAGGGGUUCCUGGGUUCAGUCAGCGUCAAGGUCGGAGAUGUCCUUGAUCUGAACGCGGGUGGCCAUGUCAUCCAGAACCUCGACCUCAAACCCGGCAGCGACGGUCUCUACGUACACGGAAAGAUCAUGUUCUCCCUCACCACCGAACGCGAAGACGUCCCCAUUUCCCGCUACGGCGAGCUCGGCCAACAGGCGCAGCAGAAUGGGCAAGGACAGCAACGCGAGUCUGUGGCGGGGUCCAGCACGUUGCAGCGUCCUAGUACGUCUAUGGGUCGGCCUCACGACCACGACAACCGCGGACCGUCGCCCAAUCCAUCACAACUAGCGCCCAGCGCUUCUGUCCCAGGCGCGGAUAUCCCCCGCCGCUCGUCCACCCCUGGCGCCGUUGCGCCAUCAGUCAGCUUCCCACAACCCCAGAUACCCAAUCCGACGCCCGCUCCGCCUCCAUCACAUACACCCUCCGCUGCACCGCCAUCCAUCGCGCCCAGCGCACCUCGCUCAGAUGCGAGCGCUAUCAGCACGGGUAGCGCGGACGAGGAUUUGCCCGCAGGGUGGGAACGUCGCACGGACGCGCGUGGAAGGACGUACUACGUCGACCACAAUACCCGCACAACAUCGUGGCACCGCCCCGUGGCUGCCCGCCCAUCCGCACCUUCCGCACCCCCGACCGCCUCAGACGGCUCGUAUGCUGACGUGCCAUUGCCCAUGGGCUGGGAGGAGCGCCGCACGCCCGACGGACGGCCGUACUUCGUUGAUCAUCAAACUCGCUCGACGACAUGGAACGACCCGCGCAGGACGCAGGCCGCCACAGCCGCUGUACCACAGCUCGACCGCGCUGCUUUGGGCCCCCUACCGUCCGGAUGGGAGAUGCGGAUGACGAGUACACGGAGGGUGUACUUCGUCGAUCACAAUACGCGCACGACGACAUGGGACGACCCGCGCUUGCCAUCAUCCGUCGACGCCGACGCACCACAGUACAAGCGCGACUACCGUCGCAAGGUCGUCUACUUCCGCUCUCAACCCGCCCUUCGCCUCGUCAACGACGCCAAGGCCGAAGUCCGCGUCCGUCGUGGAUGGGUGUUCGAAGAUUCGUUCGCGGCUGUUAUGCGUUUGCGACCUGAAGACCUCAAGAAGCGAUUGAUGGUGCGGUUCGAGGGCGAGGACGGGUUGGACUAUGGCGGUGUCAGCAGAGAAUGGUUCUUCUUGCUGUCGCACGAGAUGUUCAACCCCAGCUACGGGUUGUUCGAGUACUCGGCGCACGACAACUAUACGCUACAGAUUAACCCUGCUAGCGGAAUCAACCCGGAGCAUCUGGAUUACUUCAAGUUUAUUGGAAGGUGUUUGGGCUUGGCCAUUUUCCAUCAUCGGUUCCUUGACGCGUACUUCGUGCCCUCGAUCUAUAAGAUGAUUUUGGGAAAGAAGGUUACGCUUAAGGAUCUCGAAGCUGUCGACUACGAGCUGUUCAAGGGUUUGACAUGGAUGCUUGAGAACGACAUCACGGACGUCCUCGAGGAGUCGUUCUCCACGACCGAAGACCGUUUCGGCGAGCUCGUGACUAUUGAGCUCAAACCGGGUGGCGAGGAGAUUCCCGUGACGGAAGAGAACAAGGGCGAAUAUGUCGAGCUUCUGGUGGACUACCGUAUCGCGCGUCGUGUACAAGAGCAGUUCACGGCGUUCUUGGAGGGCUUCACGGACGCCAUCCCGAUCGAGUUGAUCAAGGUCUUCGACGAGAACGAGCUUGAGCUGCUCAUCGGCGGCGUCUCGGAGAUCGAUAUGGAUGACUGGACCAAGUUCACAGACUACAGAGGGUACGAGAAGACGGACCAGGUCAUCGAGUGGUUCUGGCAGUGUCUGCGCUCGUGGCCUUCGGAACGCAAGGCGCGCCUGUUACAGUUCACCACUGGCACGAGCAGGGUGCCCGUCAACGGGUUCAAGGAUCUGCAGGGCUCUGACGGGCCUAGGAGGUUCACGAUCGAGAAGAGCGGCGAUCCCAACGGUCUGCCGAGGAGUCAUACGUGCUUCAAUCGGUUGGAUUUGCCGCCGUAUCAGGACUAUGAGAGCUUGGAGAAGAAGCUGUUGUAUGCGAUCGAGGAAACGGAGGGCUUUGGACAGGAGUAG